AUGGCGUCUCUUCGACACUCGGCUUCGGUCGCUUCGACCGUGUGCAGGCAGAGCGCCAACUCCCGUCUUAGCCAGUCCGUCGCUUCCGUGCAGACAUCUAACCUGUCCAUAUUUACACGGCCUGCAUCUUCCUCUCUCCACUCAUCUACUUCCAACUCCCUUUGCACUCGUCAAACGCGCACGUUCCUGACGCACCUCAACCGCCAAGCCCAAGCGCUUAAAGAGCAACCCAUCUCCUCGACCCCAUUCCCCCAGCAGACCACACGAGCCCCAGCCCCUCUCCAACUCAACAACCUCCCCUACUUCAUCCGCCGCACCGGAUCCAACCAGUUGCCCACCGAGGGUGAUCUGGAUGCGUUGCGCGAGGAUCUCGCACGAUCCCUAGGUGUCGAUGUUCGGAGUUCGGAUGUGAGCAUUAAUCGGCUGACUGGUCAUAUUAUUGUUAAGGGCUGGCGCAAAAACGAAAUCCUGAAGUUCUUGAAGGAGCGGAACUUCUAA